GACUGCGACGGAGGGAGGUCCAUGCCUCCGAGAGGGCGGCCUUGAGGAGUUGAACCGAAUGAACUCCAUAUCUCAAAUGCGUUCGACCUUUGGGACCGUAGUGACGCCCUGUUUUGAGUCCUUGGGCUCUUAAAACCUGUGCUGCCAGUCAUUCAAUCCCACCCUCCGAGUGAUGCGGACUAUCUAGGCCGGGGUCAGCGAGUUCGGUUAAUGCUCGCAGGCCACUCGAUAUCUUCGUAGCGUCGUUCAUUUUUCCCAGGCUUUCUGUGAUGGCUUAGUUUAUGUUUUGCCAGUGUUUCUACAGUUUUUGCUGCGUUAGGCUAGGUCUAAUUAACCACUUGAUUAAUUCAUAGGUGUUCUAUAGCCUUCUAACAGUUGCCUAGGACUACCAUCCAUCAAGUUAUGAGAUGAAUUUUGAAAAUGAAGCUGAAAUGCAGAGUAAGCACCUCAAAUAGACUGCUUCCCUCUCUUGGCAAGACCGCUGGUCAGGCACCUCAGUGGGGUGUUGUCACUCUUGGCAUCAAGGGGAAAUCUGAGCCUCAUACAGCUGCUACUCUUGAUGAAAAGAAGUCAGUUUUCUGCAUUCUUAUCUGUACAGCAGCUAAUCGCAAAGGGAAUCUCUAUCAGGUGGAAAAUAUGAGUGGAAUAUUUGCCAGAUACAGCCAAGAAGGCAAAAUGACACUGCGCUUCAAAGAACCUCCUCAUGAUAUCUGCAUCAAGGAUGCAAGCCCAGAACAGCUCAGGGCAUUCCUGAGCAUGCUCGGGAAGGCAUUCAAGCGGAAGGAUGUACUGUCUUUGAUGCCGCAUCUUUCUCCCUUGGUACCUGCCUCAACUGCACAGUUGCAGAAGCCAGUGAAGACUUUGGUCAUAACUUCCAAGGCCCAGUACCAUGCUUUGAAUGGAUUCUCGGAGUGUUUGGAGAAUCUGAAGAUUCAAGUUGGUCUAAAAAGGCUUGAUUUACGAAUCACAAGAUUGCUACAUCUGUCCACACUGGAUCUGAGUGGGAAUCUGCUUGCAAGUAUCCCAAGUGCACUUGCACAUUUGCCUCUUCACACACUCAUCUUAGCCAAAAACACAAUAAAGGCAAUCCCUGCAGAACUUUUCUACAAUGGUGUGUUGAGGAAAACCCUCUGUCUGCUUGAUCUCAGUGGUAAUCAGAUGGAAAGGCUUCCCUUAACCUUGUGUUAUUUAAGAAGUCUGGUGACUUUGAAAGUGAGCAAUAAUCAACUCAGGCAUUUCCCAGGGGGGCUUGCUCGUCUCAGUCAGCUCAGGUACCUGUCUGUUUGUUCAAAUAUGCUGGACUACCUCCCUGCUGCACUGCUUCAACUUCGUUUGGACUAUUUGGAUGUGCAUGAUAACCCAAAUAUUUAUGCAGUCAAGCCCAUGUGCCCGAGAUCCAGCCAGUUUCCUACACUGAUGGAACUGGCUGCAGGAUCUGUUCAUCAGCUCAGGAUAUUACCAGUGCCUGAAGACCUCCCAAGAACUGUGUAUGAGUAUAUGGUUGAAGAACUUGAAUACUGUGAAGAUGGCUCACGGAGGUUCUUUCACAGGGACCGCAUGUUUGAUUUCCCAGAAACUGUGGUAGAGCCAAAGAAUAUUGCAGCAACUGUCUCAGCUUCAAGAGACUUGGGAAAUUUUGUUUCGUUGAGGAGCCGUAUGCCUUACUUGAGGUGAUGCCCUGGUAUGACCACAAUGGGUGAAUCUUGUACAUCAGGAAAGCAAUCUCUUGCUCAGGCAUUAUUUCUGUGUUCAUCCAUGUUAAGAGAGUUCAUGUGAUGUUUUUGCCUGUCCAAGACAUGUAUAUUUUAAUUACAAGGUGCUAUGGCUUCAGAGCAAAGAAAUACAGAUGAAAACCAACAAUUUCUUUUUGCAUAUUUCUUUUGUAAGAGUUCACCACCAUCGUAGCAUGCAGGAGAAGCAGGGAU